AUGUCCAACACCAACGACUACCACGCUGAAUCCAACGCGAAGCACAACAACAACGGGCCCCAGACCGAGAAAUCCGAAAAUGACACGAGCGUUUCGACUCCGGGUGACGUGGAUCCUGCCACAACACAAGCACCUGAGCUCGUGAUGCUCGGCAGACUGAUGCAGAUGAUGUCCCAUUCUAAUACUCUCAAUACCACCAGUACAGCGUCCAGUGAUACCGCUGCAGAAAAUGCUGGCUCUCAACCACCAGAAACUACCCCGGAGACUGCACUGUCUGAACUUCUGAAAAUCUUCGACGACUUGAUGCACGUUCAAAGUAAAAUACCUCAACUCGCCAAUCGGGAGAUCCCCACAGCUACCAUUCCAAGCGAUUUCCGGAAGGUGGAACGUCCAACGGCGGAGGGCCCACUUUACAACUCUUUAGAAUACACAAAAGAGGGCGUAGGGGAUCUUCUUGGCAUGGUUAAAGAUGCCUUUUUGAUGAUGGACAAAAUGGCCGGCCAUGAUUCUACUUCAUCUACCUCUUCUCCGGAGACAUCGUCUGCAGGGAGAUUGGCGAAAUCAUUUAUAUUAUCGGAUACGGAGAACGGAGGCACUCAGUCUGAGCAACCACCCCUUCACAGGGACCUCGCUGCUGUGGAGCUCAACGCAGUUACUCGUCUGUAUCAGACAAACGAGCGUAUGAUCUACGCCAACCUCAAAGAACUGGUUGACUUCUUCAUCACGGUCCCCGAGGAUGACGAUAACUAUCCUAUGAUUGAAUCAUCAAUUGGCAUUACCCUUCUCCACUUGUACGAAGUGAACUGGGAGAACGAUGUCCUUGAAUUUGGCUGCGAAUGGACAGCUCGGGCACUGCAGAAGUUGUCCCAACUCCCAGAGGUUCGACAAGUGCGAUUAGCUCCGAUACUCGUACGAUGCUGGGCAUACGGACAAAGAUUACUCGUCCAAACACUCGGAAACAUCGAAAGGUUGGAAGCUUCUCUGGCUCUCUUGAAGAAUUCCUGGGGCAUCUGUAACGACUUUCCCGAAAUUCCAUCUCGAGUCAUGGAAUUUCUCCGCACCGAGCUGGGUUUCUGUCUCGCAGAUCAUUAUCGCUGCACGGGGAAUCUGGAUAGCUUAAAUGAAUGCAUUGUUCAUUUACUUGCGCUGACAGAAGACAAACCAACCCCUACUGCGGCAACCGUCGUCCUUGGUUUAGCCUACUAUGACCGUUUCAUGCACAGUGGAGCACUGGAUGAUUUAGAUCGCGCUUUGGCCCGUGGCAUAAUGUGCAGCCAAAUUGUGGUGCCCCCAGCCACCGAACAUCAAGAUUACGCUGCCGAUAAAGCAGCAGGCCAUCGACUUUAUGCUCUGGCGCUAUCCGAACGCUUCAAAAUGACAAUGGACAUCGAUGACUUGAACAAGGCUGUUAAACAUGGAAUUAAGGCACUAGGGCUUCUUCACCCUUCUCAUCCGCUUCGCGUUCCGUAUACAGUCGACCUCGCCACAAUCCUUUAUUCUCGUCAUCUGGCAGUUGAAAACGGUACUGUGGAUCUGCGUACGGCAUUAGAAAGUGUACAGACUGCCAUUACGGCCGCAGAUAACGAUAUUGGACGACACUCUCGCAUUCCCGCUGAAUCGACUAUCGGAUUUCUCACUGCUGUCUCCUCGGAAGUGAACAGGGAUUUGUCUGGAGUCGAUGCAGGGAUUUCCAUUAUACAAAAGUCCAGGAAGAACUUUUCCGGUCCUCUGCAUUUAGAAUCUCGACUUUCCAAAGCACUGUUAUGCCGUUUCCGUCUUGGUAAAAACGUCGAAGAUUUUGAAACUGCGCUCCAUCAUGCACAGCUGGCAUUUGACAAGGCGCCAGAGGACUCUCCAUAUCGUCACCAGUGUGGGCUGGAACUAGGCCAGUUAUUGAUUCAGCACUAUCUGUCCGGACGGUCCGAAACAUGCGACGACGCCAUUGCGCAUUUUGUGUCCGUAGCUUUAUCCUCGACAUGGCCCUCUUUGCGAUUAAACGCAGCGAUUGAAUGGGCCAACGCUGUGGAACUGUCUGAAGCCUCAGAGGGCGCUGAGGAUGCACUGGUUCUCGCUCUUGAAAUAUUGCCAACGCUAGCCCCUCUCACCAACCGUAUUCCAGCUCAUUAUCGGGUAUUGUCGUCUCAGAAGGCCUCCAUCCCAAACAGAGCGGCCAUAUACGCGUUGAAUUCGAGUGAUAUAGUCAGCGCAGUUUCCCGUCUUGAACAGGGGCGCAACAUUAUGUGGACCCAAACGCUGCAACUUAAAGCUGGACACAUGCUACCGGGCGGCGACGAACGACAACGUGAGUUCAAACUCCUUUCAGAGAAUUUGAUGCGCACCCGUCAUGGGUCUACGAUGCCAGAGACCGUGGAGGAGUUGGAUGAUUUUAUGAAGCAUGUUCCUGAUAAUCCUUUCGGUUCUCUACCCGACGAAUCUGUCAGGGAAUCCUUCCAAGACAUUGCCAAAAGACUCAUGAACCUAGGAAAAACCUUCCUUGCUGGAAGGAGGUCUGUGAUAUCAGAAGACUUUAAUUCCGAAUUUAUGAGCACUUCUAUGGAUGCAUCGCUUCAUAGUGCAGCAAAUAGAUGGUCUACGCUGCACUCUGAGCUGCAAGGGACUAGCCAUGUACUCGGCCUUUCUGAGACGUACGAGGAUGAUCUAAAUCGUAUUAUCGCGAACGGGUGCAUUGUCAUUCUUAGUCCCUACUCUCUUCGAUGCGACGCGAUUGUUAUUCAUUCCAGAGGAGAGGGCCUUGUUUUCCAUCACUUACCAUUGCCUGAAUUAUCUGGAGACGAGAUCCAGGCCUGGGCAGAGACGCUACGAUCUGCCACACAUGAAUUCGAACGUGGUAAACUGUCGUCGGAAGACUUUGAAAACGAAUAUCUUAAGCCCAUUCUACGAGGAUUAUGGACAGGGAUGGCACUUCCACUUCUGGAUUACCUCAAACGCACCGGAGAGCAGAAACGUGUGUGGUGGUAUCCAACCGGCGCUUCGAUGUUUUUGCCACUCCACGCUGCUUCUCCAUGUGAGAAAGGUCAGCUCGGAUUGCUCGACCUCGUAGUCUCCUCGUAUAUCCCAUCAAUCCAGUCGCUAAUCCGUGCUGCAAAGUCACCUUCUUCCCCCGUGAAAGCUCUAGCCGUUGGGCUGCCAAACACCCCCGGUUACGCACCACUCAAGUUUGUUGAGAAGGAGAUUAAGGCUUUGAAGAAACACUUUUAUUACGUCCCCGAUCAAUUGACAACUCUAAUUGGGGAGGAAGCAGAUAUUUAUCCAGUCAUCAGCAAACUCCCAGAUCAUUCCUGCAUCCAUCUAUCAUGCCACGCGUAUCAAGACGAAGAAUACCCAUUCAACAGCUCAUUCUUUCUCAACAAUGGCAAACUAAAACUAUCCAAACUGAUGGAGUUGGAUCUCUCUCGCGUACAGUUUGCCUUCUUGUCAGCGUGCCUUACCUCUGCUGGAGAUGCGAGUGUUCCUGACGAAUGCAUUCACCUUGCUGCUGGGAUGCAAUUCUCCGGGGUUCAAUCUGUGAUUGGUACGAUGUGGAGCGUGAUGGACAGAGCGGCAGCCGCAGCUUCAACCAAAGUCUAUUCGCACUUCUUUAGGAAUGGGAUGGAAAAUGCAAACAUGAGAGAAGGAGCAGAAGCACUACACGAGGCCCUUAUUGACAUGCAAAAGAGAAAUUACCCUCUGACGUAUAUUGUUCCUUUCAUUCACCUAGGCCUUUGA